UCCUGCUUUCUUUAUGGGCAGGCUGACACUCGCACCACAAAACCAAGUAUACAUGGAGAUAGCAACAUGGGUUUUGGAGAGAGCUGGAUGAAGAUUGGGUCGCUGAUUGUCAUUUUGGCAGUUUUAAAGGUGCAGGCUGCUCCAACAGCUACAGAUGAUAAUGUAGAUGCUGGGGAACUAAGGGGUGAUAUCCCAGAGAUCAAUAAAGGCUUGAAGCACCUUUUUGAGGGUGACAUUGUUGGUGAUCCCACCAGAAAUGCAAUCCUUGAUCAAACAAGGAGAUGGGAGUUCCCUAUACCUUACAUCUUAACGGAUUCAUUAGAGUUGAAUGCUAAAGGGGUAAUACUCCAGGCUUUGGAGGAAUACCGUUUAAGAUCCUGUGUGGAUUUCAAACCCUAUGAAGGAGAGGCAAGCUACAUCUCCUUCACAAAGCUCUCCGGAUGCUGGUCAUAUGUUGGAGAUGAUAGAAGGGGACAGAAUGUGUCCAUCGGGGCCCGAUGUGACACUAAGGCCAUUGUACAGCAUGAGCUCCUGCACGCUCUCGGCUUUUAUCAUGAACAGUCACGUUCCGACAGAGACGACUAUGUCAAGAUCUGGUGGGACCAGAUUGAAGAAGGAAAGGAGCUCAAUUUCAUCAAGUACGAGGAUGACUUCAUCACUGAUCUGAACACUCCAUAUGAUUAUGAGUCCAUCAUGCACUACAGGCCGCUUUCCUUUAACAAGAAUGAGAGUAUCCCUACAAUCACCACCGCCAUUCCAUUUUUUAAUGAGGUCAUCGGACAGCGACUGGACUUCAGCGCAGUGGAUAUCACAAGACUCAACGACAUGUACAGUUGUGCAAACACACACACUCUUCUGGACCAGUGUUCAUUCGAACUGAAUAACAUAUGUGGAAUGAUCCAGAAUGAGGAUGACAAUUCAGACUGGAUCCAGACGUUGAGUACUCCUGCGGCUACAGAUCACACCCUUGCAGGACGGUGCAGAGAUUCUGGCUACUUUAUGAAGUUUGACACAUCUUCUGGUAAUGCUGCAAACAGCGCCUUACUGGAGUCUCGCAUCCUCUACCCCAAAAGACAUGAGCAGUGCUUGCAGUUCUUCUAUAAGAUGACAGGAGCAGCAGGGGACAAACUGGUUAUUUGGGUCCGGAUUGACGAUGGAACAGGGACUGUUCGCAGUGUCAGGAAGAUCCACACCAUCACAGGUGAUGGAAAUAAUGCCUGGAAAAUAGCCCAUGUAACGCUUAAGAUGUCCCAGAAAUUCCGCUAUAUCUUCCAGGGGAUCAGAGGAUCACCCAGCUCCUCUGGUGCCAUCUUUCUUGAUGACAUCACUCUUAGUGAGACUGUUUGCCCUGCUGCUGUCUGGCAAAUUCACAACUUUUCUGGACUUCUUUCCAGCACCCCACCUGGCAGUCCAGUAAAAAGUUCUUGCUUUUACAACUCUGAGGGCUACUCGUUCGGAAUAAGCAUUUACCCAAAUGGUAAAGACAGUGCCAACCAAGACUACAUGGGUCUGUUCUUCCACCUGUGCAGUGGUGAAAAUGAUGCAGUGAUGCAGUGGCCGGCCCAGAAUCGACAGAUGACAUUUGUUGCCAUGGACCAAGAUCCUGAUGUUAAAAUGAGGAUGUCAGCCACAAGGAGUUUCACUACAGAUGUCGAUGGCCGCUGGAGCAAACCAACAGCUGCAUCUGGUGCAGUUUGGGAUGGUAAUUGCAACUGCUACCGAGGUUUAGAAAGAGGCUGGAGCACUUUUAUUUCUCACCAACAACUCCACAAGAGGAGCUUCAUUAAAAACAAUGACCUCAUCAUUUUUGCUGACUUUAAUGAUUUGACGCAUUUGAUCAAGUCUGAGGUUCCCAUCAAACCUGUUACACAGCACAAAGAUACAUUGGCUGAGAAGCCAGUGGAAAUGAGCUCGGAGGUUUCCAAACCCAGAAAAGCACGUGCUGAUGCAGACCCAUGUCGUCCCAACCCUUGUUUGAAUGGAGGUGUGUGUGUGGAGAGAGAUGGAGCAGCAUCAUGCAGGUGUGCUUCAAGUCAGGCCUCCGUCUAUAGUGGUACGAGGUGUGAGAAUGACCGUGAGCCCAGUGUUCCGAUGUACAAGAUGCUGUCCUCACAUUCACCAGCAUCAACGCCAACUGUGUUAUUUUUCUUAACUGUUUGGAUAGCAAAUGCAUUCUGGGCCUUACUUACUUAGACCACCACCCCAAUUUCAGAUAAAUACAUUUAAACAAAAAGUAUUUGCAAUAUCCAUAAAUAGACCAAGCUAAAUGAGUCCUAAUUCUGUAGCUGUAACUCUUUUGUGGUUCAGUUUGUGAGGAUGAUCACAGUACUGCAUGGACAAACCCCAAUUCCAAUGAAAUUGUGAUGUUGUGUAAAACCUAAAUAAAAAAUGAUUUGCAAAUCA